UUAUAGUGGUGAGCUAAAAUGAAAUUAAAUCCAGUCGCAAUUAUAAAAAAAUUUAAUGUUGUAUUGAAACGCGUAUCUAAAUGAUUUAAUUAAAGAACGUAUACAUGUAUUAAUUUAGCUGGUCUCGAAUCGUACGUUGAUACGUCCACACAGGAUAUUUAAAUGUCGUAUGUAGGUAUUAUAUAAAUACAUAAAUAUGUAUGUAUGUAUAAUAUAUGUAGUAUGAAAUGGCGGCUGGUCAUGUUACCGAAGAUCACGCUACAAAAAUCGUGGAAAAUAUUUUGAAACCACGAACGAUUUUAUUAUUUAGUGGUAAACGAAAAUGUGGCAAAGAUUAUAUCGCAAACGCUGUACAGGAAAGAAUUGGUCCUGAUAAUAGCGUUGUUAUAAAAUUAUCAGGACCAAUUAAAUUGCACUGGGCUAAAUCAUUAGGUCUUGAUCUUGAUCGACUCAUGGGCGAUGGAAAAUAUAAAGAAAAUUAUCGUUUUAAAAUGGCAAAGUGGGGAGAAAGUAUCAGAAACCAAGAUUAUGGCUACUUUUGUCGCGCAGCUAUAAACAUGUAUAAUGCUUAUAGUAAGUCAAUAUGGAUAAUAAGUGAUGUACGCAGAAAAACUGAUGUACAAUGGUUUCUAGAGAAUUUUAAAGAAGUCUGCAAAACAAUUUGUAUCACUUCAGAUGAAGCGGUUAGGGAGAAACGGGGAUGGAUUUUUACUCCAGGUAUCGAUGAUUCAGAAACUGAGUGCAACUUGGAUGAUGUAGACACGUGGGAUUUAAAGGUAACAAAUAACGAUGACGACAUAGAAUCUAUAUUACAAAACAUAUUACAACUCAUUAGGUAGCAAAGUAUAAUACAUUGUACAUAUAAAAUAAGGGUGACUGUUGCAUUACAUACAUAAUGUAUUCCUCUUUGUAUGAAACAUUUUUUAUUUUGUUAUUUAAGUACCGGCAAAAAUUAAACAUAUAGAACUUGUAAUUGAAUUGAAUAAACUGUAGGCAUACAAAUGAACAA